AUGGCUACCGCAACAAAAAUCUUCUCGUUAGAAGGAAAGGGAUUGAAAUUGGAUUCCGCCGCCGAUGUCGAGCCGCAUAUCAAAACUUUGAGGGAGAUGAAAGAUGUGGAGGAAGUGAGAUUUUUGGGAAACACUUUAGGCGUUGAGGCUUGUAGGGUGGUUGGAGAGGUUUUGGAAGAGAAGACAAGUUUGAAAAUUGCAAACCUGGCGGAUAUAUUUACUGGACGUUUGCUUAACGAAAUUCCACAAGCUCUUUCAUCUCUCCUUACUGCUCUGCUCAAGCUCCCAAAUUUGCAUACGGUCAAUUUGAAUGAUAACGCUUUUGGACUCAAUACUCAAGCUCCGCUCGUCGCAUUUCUUUCUUCGCACACCCCACUUCAACAUCUCAUCCUCAAUAAUAACGGACUGGGACCUCAUGCUGGUAUUUUGAUUGCAGAUGCACUUAGCGCAUUACACGCAAAGAAAGUCGAGGCACGUGCGGCAGGAAAACAAGUUCCGGAUUUGGAAACUGUCAUUUGCGGACGCAACAGAUUGGAGAAUGGCAGUAUGACGGCUUGGGCAAAGGCAUAUAGCUUGCAUACCGGUGUAAAGGAAGUCAAGAUGGUACAGAAUGGCAUUCGACAGGAGGGAAUUAGUCACUUGUUGAGUGAAGGUUUGAAAUAUGCUAAGGACAUUGAGAUUCUCGAUCUACAAGACAAUACUUUUACAAUUACGGGUUCAAAGGCCUUGGCUAAAGUCGUGGGAGGAUGGGCCAAUAUUCAGGAGCUAGGUGUUGGAGAUUCCUUGUUGGGUGGGAAGGGAAGUGUUAUUUUUGCAGAAGCUUUGAAGAAGGGCAAAAACACCAAGUUGGAGAUUUUAAGAUUGCAGUUCAAUGAUAUUGGAGUAAAGGGCCUAACAGUCUUUACUGCCGCUGCGAAGGAGGCUCUACCAAAAUUGAAGAAGAUUGAGUUGAAUGGAAACAAAUUCGACGAGGAUCAUGAUUGCAUUGUGGAAUUGAAGGAGUUGCUGGAGGAAAGAAAAGAGAAGUUAGCGGGUGAGAUAAUCAUUGAGGAUGAUUGGGGCCUUGACGAAUUGGAGGAUUUGGAAGGAGAAAGUGAUGAAGACAGUGAUGAGGAAGAAGAGGAAGAGGAAGAACAAGAGGAGCAAAGAGAAAAAUUGAUCCACGACGCAGAGGAAGCUCAAGAAGGAGAACCUGUUGCACAAAGAGAGGACAAGGAUGUCGAUGACCUCGCAAAAGUUCUCGGCAAGAACCUCCAAGUCUGAAAAUGGUAUUACGAUUAUGAAUGAUGGAUUUUGGAUGAUUUUGGCGGAAAUGAAUUUUCAGGGUUGGCAUGGCCAAGGAAUGGUUUGGUUGGAUGGGUAGAACACGUUGAGGGAAAGGAAAGGGAGAAUUCGGGCGGAGCUCUUUGUGCAUACCCCACUCAUGUCACUGAAGUAGAACCUUCGGUUUUCUGUCUCAUGCACAUAUGCAUAGCAUGGUAUAAUUGCUUCUUUCUUGACGAAAGUUGGCGUUGCGAGCAUUCCCGUAGAUAGAUACUAUUAGACCGGUAAAGAAAUGACACUUCUUUGCCAUCCAAAUAAACACUAUUCGU